CACAUUUCUCAUCAGCCAAUGAGACGCGAGGCGAGGCGGGUGUAAGGGUGAAGGCGUACUUCAGAGAGAAGAUGGAUUUCCAGCAGCAUGGAUACCGGGCAACAAAACCCAGAGCCAGAGCAUCUCCACCCAGUGGGGGUCCGCUUCUUUUUGAUGACACCAGUUCAGGGCCCCCACCCAUGAACAGCCAGAACUACUAUAGUUCAGAAUAUAAUAUGGCUGAUGCAUCAGCAGGGGGUCAAGACCCUGGAGUGGGCAGCCUCUUUGCUGAUCCAGUGGCCAGUGCUGCCAUGAUGUAUGGCUCAUCGCUCGCCAAUCAAAGCAAGGAUAUUGUGAACAAAGAGAUUAACCGAUUAAUGUCGGUGAACAAGCUGAAGUAUUUCUUUGCAGUUGAUACCAAAUAUGUUAUGAAAAAACUGUUGCUUCUCAUGUUCCCAUACACACAUCAGGACUGGGAAGUACGUUACCACAGAGACACUCCCCUCACACCGUGCCAUGAUGUCAAUGCUCCAGAUCUCUACAUACCCACAAUGGCUUUUAUCACUUACAUUUUACUGGCUGGAAUGGCUUUAGGAAUCCAGAAACGGUUCAGUCCAGAGGUUUUGGGUUUGUGUGCAAGCACAGCUCUGGUUUGGAUCAUCAUUGAAGUUCUUGUCAUGUUGCUCAGUCUUUACUUGCUCACAGUUCACACAGACCUCUCAACGUUUGACCUUGUUGCUUACAGUGGAUACAAAUAUGUGGGGAUCAUUUUCACAGUGUUGUGUGGACUGCUCUUUGGCAGUGACGGCUACUUUGUUGCUCUUGCUUGGUCUUCUUGUGCUCUCAUGUUUUUUAUUGUUCGUUCUCUAAAAAUGAAGAUCCUGUCUUCAUUCUCAGCAGACUCAAUGGGUGCCGGAGCGAGUGCCAAGCCCCACUUUCGGUUGUACAUUACCCUGGCAUCAGCUGCCUUUCAGCCAAUCAUCAUUUACUGGCUCACCACUCAUUUGGUCAGAUGACCUACAGUAUUUAUACUAUGAAGGAACUUUAAAAUGACAAUGCUGGACUGGGAUGGUUUCAAAUUUUGGCAUUGUUACAGAAAAGUGGCAUACCGUGGUUGUGUUUCUUCACAGAGGAUUUAUGUGGUCUGAUCUUCAGUAUUGGCUUCAUCAGCAUUGUCAUCUGCUGAGCAAUUGUU